AUGGCUCUGAAAACAAAAUCAACAAAAGUGAAAUUUACCGGUGAUAAAUCGGUGAAAUCAGCCGAAUCCAUUUCGUCAGAUGGAGGUGCGGCCAAAAGUAAACACAUAAUUUUUGAUGAUGAUGAGAAUGACGGUGAAAUUGUUGUUGAGAAACAGCAAGAUAUUCCAGAGAAGAAGCAAGAUGUUCCGGACAAGAAGCAGAAAGCGUCGAAAAAGGGUGAAAAGAGUCGCAAGGAUGCAAUGGACAUUGGAACAUUAUGGUAUCAAACGUUUGCCGAAUUCAACACAUCUGGUGAACUUGUCGAGAUGAAAAACAAUGAAAUUGAGGAGCUCACAAAUUACUGUCAGAAAUGUUAUGAGGAACAAAAAUCGGCGUUUGAAAAACGUAAUCCUUCCGAUGUGAAAUGGCUUAAGACUGCCUUGCAUAAGGGUACCUCACGAGAUCGUGCCAAUGCUGGAGCAUUGUUGGUGCAGUCAAAUCCAUUGGCCAAUUUAGAAACGCUCGAAUCGCUUAUAUGUUUUACGAAAAUUACAAACAAAAAUAGUACCGAUUCAGUGGAUGUAGCAACAGAUUUGUUUAUCAAUGCACUUCUGCCACCGGACCGAAAGUUACUGUCCUUUUCACUGCGUGGCGCCGAUUGGAAGGCGUUAAAGAAGAACGAGGGCGUUGACAAGGCGAAAAAAGAUCAAAUUUUUGCAUAUUGGCACGUUGAAACUAUUAUCAAGGAUCAGUAUUUUGAAUUUUUGCGUAACGUUCAGAAUGCGAUCCAAGGUGGUCAGGAGGCAAACAAAAAGCAAGCAAUCAUUUGUGCAUCCAAGUUGUUGUCGUAUGCCCCAGAAAAGGAGCAAAUGUUAUUGUCAAUGUUGGUCAAUAAGUUGGGUGAUCCAUCAAAGAUGAUUGCAUCCAAAGCAUUGCAUCAUUUGACCGAAGUGUCAUUUAAGCAUCCGGCCAUGUGCGGUGUCAUUGCCAAUGAAACGGAGAAAUUCCUAUUCCGAAACAAUAUCACAGAACAUGCACAACACUUUGCUUUGUGUUUCCUAUCGCAAUUGGCGCCACAUGGCAAUGUGGAUGUGUGCACGAAACUGGUGAACAUUUGUCUGUCAUUUUUCAAAGUGGUGGUCAACAAAGGGCUCAUCAACAGUAAGAUAAUGCAGGCAAUUUUACUUUGUCUCAAGCAUUCAAUCACUGAUGUGGUGGAGGCAAACAAAACGAAACCGGGCAGUGAUAGUGGUUUGAUGAGCAAAGACACCCAAGAUACAAUUUAUCGAUUGGUUCAUUUUGCAAAUAUCAAAGUGUCACUGCAAACAUUGGCACUGAUUCUUCAAAUGAUAACUGCAAUGGGUGCCGAACAUCAACACAAUCGCUUUUAUAAUGCAUUGUACAAAAAGUUAUUAGACCCUGAAUUGGGAACAUGUGGAUCGAAAUAUUCGGCUCUAUUCCUGCAUAUCGUUCAUCGUGCCAUUCACGUGGAUAGAAAUAAGUCGAGAGCACAAGCCUUUGUCAAGCGUAUAUUGCAGGUUGCAUUGCAUUUGCCGGCUCCAAUUGCAUGCGGCUGCUUGAUAAUCAUAAGUAAAAUUGUCCGAGCACGAAGUGAACUGAAUCGAAUUGAAGUCCCAUUGCCAGUGGUGCUAAAAACUGAAGAUGAUGCUGAUACAGCUGAAGCGUCUGUCAAUGAAAAUCAUGGAAAGGCCACGGCCUACGAUCCAUAUCAUCGUGCACCGGAAUAUGCGGGUGCUGAAUAUGCCAUGCGAACCGAACUUGUGGCAUUGCUACAUCAUUACCAUCCAACGGUGCGGGUAUUUGCACAGAACAUUCUUGAAAAUACACCAAUCAAGUUUUACGGAGAUCCGCUGGUGGAUUUCUCGCUUACGCAUUUCUUGGAUCGUUUUGCUUUCAAGAAUCCAAAGAAAGAUGACAAUAAGCCAGAGUCUGUUGUGGCUACCUUCCAUCACAAACACUAUACACCGCAUGGAAGUCGUGGCAAACCGGUGAAACAAUUGAGUUCAGCCAAUUGUACCGAGGAUGAGAAAUUCAUCUUCGAAUAUUUGGACAAGAAACGAGCUCGUCAAGCGGCACUCGGUUUGAAUGGUGAACGAAGUGAACGUUUCGAAUCGGUUGAUGACGAUGAAUUCGAUGCAUACUUAGACAGUCUCGGUGGAAAGAAGAAUAAAGACGGUCUGGACGAUGAAGAAUUCGAUUUGGCCGGAGACUUUGGUGAAGGAAAGAGCAACACCGGAGAGGAUGACGGUGGUGAGGAUUGGGAGAGCGAUGGCGAUGAUGAUGAUGAAGACGAUGAUGGCGAUGACAAUGAACCAAUGGAUGAUGGAGAUGAGUUCAAUGACGACAGCGAUGGUGGUUCGAUAUCACUUGACGAAGAUCAUGAGGACGGUUCUGAUAUCUUUGAAAGUGAUGACGAAGAGGCGGAACAUAGCGAUAUCGACCCAGACGCUGUUUCUGAUCCGGAAGAUGAUGAACCAAAGGCUAAGCGAAUAAGGGCAGUCACCAGCAAAGACUUCCAAAAGAAACUGAAGAAUACAACCAAUAUGAACUCGCUGUUUGCCGCAGCUGAAGACUUUUCGGAGAUGUUGGAGGAGACGGGCAAAUCAAGUAAACACGGAACACUUGGUGAAAUCUUCAAUAAAGACAAAUCAUCUGAAAAGCAAUUGGCAUGGGAAAGCAAACGUCUUAAAAAUUCCGGCUGUGGUAACUUCAGACGAAAUCCGAAACCAAAACGGAAUCGUUCACAAGGCAAAAAUCGGCGAGGCGAAUCCGUCAAGAGUCAAGUCGGUGGUAAACGCAAACAUAAAUGAAACUGUUUUAAAUUUAAAUAGGCAAAUAAUAAUUGAAAUGUUAAGUUAAAACAUGUAUUCUCUCAGUUGAAUGGGCAAGCGGAAUAAUGAAACGUAAUUCUGUUUUCAAAUGAAGUGCCUCUGAGAAAAUUUUUCAGUUAAAAAGCCCCACAAAAAUAUUGUCUGAUAAAAAUUUGUAUGAAAAUCUUAUUCAGACAAUAUUUUUGUGGGGCUUUUUUACUGAAAAUUUUUCUCAGAGGCACUUCAUUUAAAAACAGAAUUACGUUUCAUUAUUCCGCUUGCCCAUUCAGUUGUACGUAAGUGAGACGAUGUUGACAGGAAGAUAAAAAAAUAAACAGUUUUGAUAAUUACUGGAAA